CGACACACCUGCAUGACAAAACAAAUGGACUCUUUUCAAAAUGUCAAGCGUGCGUUCAGGUUCUGCAGCAUUUUAGGCAAUCUGUUUGUUGGACAACAUCCCCAGACUAGUUGUUCUUCUUUCUAGCUUUCCACGGUGAUAAGACGCAAGCUCAACCAGCAUGUCAGGAAAACCGGCUUUGACCACCUGGAACACUGGGAUUUUUGACUGUUGUCAAGAUUCAUGCUCUUGCUGCUAUGGUUUCUUUUGCUGCCCUUGUCUGGCCUGCUCGGUUGCAGGAAAAUUCGGACAGAACCGAUGUCUCCCAUUGUGCGACAUACUCAGCCCUGCUGCCUUGACCGCUUGUGGGAUCCCUCUGUUUGCGCCCCCUGCAGCGUUGGGUCUUCGAGUUGGUAUUCGCAACAGAUUUGGUGUCAAGGGCUCCAUCUGUAAGGACAUCAUGACGUCAUGUUUCUGCAUGUGGUGUUCCUGGUGUCAGAUGCAUCGUGAGCUGAAGUUUCGCAAGAAAAACCCCACUGUUGUCAGCAUGCAGCCACAAGCCAUCUAACAUCUCCUCGAAAACCCACCAAAUGCAGGCUUUGUGACAUAUUCUCUCUUUUGCGGUUUAUGCUAAUUUGCUCAUUUCUAAAUAGAUGACCUACAUUAGUACGUAGUCAAAGUGAGACAAAUAAUAAUAAAAAAAAGAAUGACUUACCACAGUGGGAAAUGAUCAUCUAUACCAACUCUGGCAGUCAGGUCAUGGAUCAACUAUCUUGCAAUUGGUGAUUCCUCAGUCCUCACUCCCUCCAAUCCCUUAUUUGGGACUUUCUUCUUAAGUUUCUUGGCUUAGAAAUCGGAGAAAAUUAAUGUAUACAAAUAUCAUAUACAUACAAAAUAAGCCAUAAUACAAAAGCACUGACCUAUAUUAACAACUUAUAUAUGGUGUGUUAUUUUGUGGCCAUACUCAAUUAAAAAAAAAGGGCUCAGAUGUG